AUGCGGAUGGCGUCGCAGCGCCGCUCCUCCUCGUCGCCGAAGCCCCGCGCCCCGCCGAGCAGCCCGGCCAGCAGCACGGCCAGCAGCCGGGCGCGGCCGGCCGCCCCCCCGCCAUGGCCCCCCGCCAUGGCCCGCAGCGGCCCCGGCCCCGGCCGCGCCGUGCCGCACGGGCCGGCUCCAACGGGGCGGGCCGGGGGCGGCUCCGCUAUUAAACAGCCGCGCCGAGAAACGGCCCAGGGGAGGGACGCGCCUCACGGCCCGGCCCUCACGGCGCCGCCGCCCCCGCCGCGGGAGCCCGCCCCGCGCAGCGCCCUCAGCGCCUCCGUGCAGAGCCGGACAGGGCAGGGCACGGGUCCUACCUGCGCUUCAGCCUGGCACCCGGGAGUUCCCCUCCGCUCCUGGGGGAGCCCCGACCCUCACCCCAAGCCCGAGGAGCGCACUUGCGCAGGCUCCAUCUCACCGCUCCGCGCAGGGUCCCUUGUCCUUGGUGACCCACUGCCUGCAUUCCCCUCAGAAACCCCCGGGAAUACCCGUCCGUGUCUCGUCUCCCCACAGCAGGUCCCCCCUCCUGUCCCGUGUGGGCAGUGCCCCUGGGAGACAUCGUCAUUACCCCCUGAGCUCCCACCGCGAGUGUAG